UUCAUACCCCCCACAAAGAGAAAAAUGAAAAGUUUGUAACGCGGUAACGCCAAGAAAGUAAACAAAAUGGAUAUUAAACGAGUUAUUAAAUAAACGGGAUACGCAAUCAAAUAAAGUUACGUCGGCGAAAAGUAUUGAAAAAUAUUAAAUAUUUUGUAUUUUAAACUUAAGAAAAGAAAAAAACUUAAAAACGUACUAAAAAUACAAAAUUAUUGAUUAGUUAACUAAAUAAUAAAGAAAAAUAUACAAAAAGACCCAUUAAACUAAGAAAAAAAUCAAUAAAAUUGCAAAAAUUUAAUAAGAAAAUAGAAAAAACAAAUAAAAUACAAUUAUACAAUUAAACAAAAUUAGUUCUAGAACUCAUUAAUCAAAAUCUUUUAAAACAAGUAAAAGUUAAGUUAAACAUUUUUAUUACUAAAUUAUAGUGUUGAAAAAUUUAAAUCGAACUUCAUUAAAUGUCAAGAGGUGUAGAAUAGCAAAAUAUAACUAAAGUUAAGUAAAAAUAAGCUGAAAACUAAAACAACAACAAAAUGGCAAAUCUUGCAAAUAAUACAAAAACAGCAACAACAACAAUGACAAACGCCGGAGCAACAAAUGCUUCUACAACAACAGCAGCGCAGCAAACAGCAGCACCGUUAUCAACUUCAUCGCUAACGUCACCGCUGAAAACGACAACAACAACGUCCUCAAUGUUGUCCAAAUCAAAUACAGGCAAUCUAGUUGCUAAUGCAUUUUUAAUGGAAAAUCUUAAUAAUAUGCUACAACCUUCAACAACACUAAUGCCAACACAUCCACCACCACCCUAUCAUAUUAAUCCCCAUUCUCUAGCUCCUGCAGCUGCUAAGGAUUCCACCAAAAAUCCUCUUUGCCUAUUUAUAUGCAACACAAUAAUUUUGUAGAAACCACAACAAAAACCAACAACAUGUCCGAAAAAUUAUUAAAUGAUAAAAAUAGAUCACCUCCGUCACCACCCACUCUAUCACCGCUCGAUACUGGAGCUUUUGGACCGGCAUUGAAUGAACCCCAAAAACCCCGUUGGUUGUCAUCGCUACACAGUGUUAUUUUUAUUAUAACUUGUGCUUUGGCCGUCUUUAUUGUUUUUCGUAAUGUCCUUACUUGGCAUUUACAAAGUUUCUGGGGAGCCUCUGGAGAUUUUUGGCAGGCACAAUGGGAUAAAUUUAUUGAUAUAACAGGCGAUGAUCCUUUGGUCUUUUGGGUAAUUGGCACUAAUAUCUUUACUAUGCUUGUAUACUGGCUGGUGGGUGGUAUCUACACUUUUAUGGAUCUAACUAAUCGACCAGCAUUUUUACGUAAAUAUAAACAACCGGGUACAAAUGAACCAGUAGAAAGAGCACGUCUACUAAAAGUAAUCUCGAAAGUAAUUAGCAAUCAAAUUUUCAUCGGUGUACCCAUAUCAUUUCUCUCCUAUAAAUUGAUGAAAUUACGAGGUCUAAGUUCAAUACGAGAAUUGCCGACAUUUCAUUGGGUGUGUGUCGAAUUGACUGUGUGUAUUUUAAUGGAAGAAUUGGGAUUCUAUUACUCACAUCGUUUGCUGCACAAUAAAAUUUAUAAAUUUAUACACAAACAACAUCAUGAGUGGACUGCUCCGAUUGCUGUCACCGCUUUGUAUUGUCAUCCCAUUGAACAUUUUAGUAAUUUAUUUCCACCAUUUUUGGGAGUUUUCCUAAUGGGCAGUCAUGUGGCGACCGCCUGGCUCUGGUUUGCCUUGGCCAUACUCUCAACGUUAAAUGCUCACUCGGGUUAUCAUUUGCCCUUCUUUCCAAGUCCAGAGGCCCAUGAUUUUCAUCAUUUGAAAUUCAAUAAUUUUGGUGUCUUGGGUGUUUUGGAUCGUCUGCAUGGUACUGAUACUUUAUGAGCUACUAAAUCCUAUGCUCGUCAUCUUAUGAUGUUAAGUUUUGUACCACCGCGAGAUGCUUUUCCCGAUUCCACUAUGAAGUGAAUAAAUUACAUGGAAUGGAAUAGGGUAUUAAAGGAUCCAAUAAAAUACAACCUUAAUUUAAGAAAGGGUCGCAAAGAAAAGCUUUAAAAUUUGUAAUAAUUACAGUUCUAAAUAAAACAUAAAAUUUAUUGUAGUAGUAAUCAAAAGUUUUCUAGCAAGACUUUUUAUAAAUGCAAAAUAUUCACGAAUGAUUUUAUCACAAAAAAGUUAUAUAAGAUAUACCAAAAAAGUGUAAUUGUGUGUAUUAGAAAAUAGAUAAGUAUUUGAUAGUUUUAAUUUAAUUGUAUGUAGGUGUAAUAAUGAUAAAUAAUAAAAUAAUAUUUUAUAUGUAAUUAGUAUAUACAAGGAUAAUAAUAAAUCAUAUUCAUAUUGUAUGUACAAGUUAUGAACACAAACAAAACGGAAUAUAAAAUAAAAUAUUUUAAUUUCUUAUUA